AGAGAGAGAGAGAGGGAGAGAGUUAGUUAACUCUAACUUUAACUGUCUGUCUGACUCCGGGUGAUACCCGCAGCACCGCACCGCUCCGCCGGACUCUCUGCCCCUCAUGCCCGCUCUGUGCUGACCCUCCUCCCCGCACCUCUCCGUGUGGUUUUACCGCUCCUCCGCUCCGCUGGACUGAAGCUCUGCGCGCAGGUGAAGAUGUUGAGAGCUGCGGCCGGGGGGAGCGCUCUGACCCGGGCAGCGCUGCUGCUGGUAUUAGCGCUGUACGCUCCGUGUUUACAGGCGCAGGAACUGCCGACCAACGGCGUGAACGGAUUUAGCCUCCACCCGCCUUACUUCAACCUGGCCGAGGGCACCAAAAUCACCGCCACCGCCACCUGCGGAGAGGACGAGCCCGGCCGAGCCAUCCAAGACCUGUACUGCAAACUGGUGGGGGGGCCGGUCUCCGGAGAUCCCAGCCAGACCAUUCAGGGACAAUACUGUGACACGUGUGACUCAGCAGACAGUAACAGAGCUCAUCCCAUCACUAACGCUAUAGACGGAACAGAGCGAUGGUGGCAGAGUCCUCCGCUUUCCCGCAGCACCGAGUACAACCAGGUCAACGUCACCCUGGACCUGGGACAGCUCUUCCAUGUGGCGUACGUCCUCGUCAAGUUCGCUAACUCCCCCAGGCCUGACCUCUGGGUGCUGGAGCGCUCGGUCGACUUCGGGAAGACCUACCAGCCGUGGCAGUUCUUUGCUUCAUCUAAGAGGGACUGCAUUGAGCAGUUUGGCCAGAGGACCAUCGAGCGCAUCUACCGUGACAACGACGUCAUCUGCACCACAGAGUACUCUCGCAUAGUGCCUCUAGAGAAUGGAGAGAUUGUGGUGUCUCUGGUAAAUGGACGUCCUGGAGCUAUGAACUUCUCUUACUCUCCUGUACUGAGAGAAUUCACCAAAGCCACCAACAUCCGCCUGCGCUUCCUCCGCACCAACACACUGCUGGGCCACCUGAUGGGCAAAGCCCUGAGAGACCCCACCGUCACCCGGCGGUAUUACUACAGCAUCAAAGACAUCAGCAUUGGAGGCAGGUGUGUGUGCAAUGGCCAUGCUGAAGCCUGCAACGCUAAAGACCCCAACGACCCCUACAAGCUUCAGUGCGACUGCCAGCACAACACUUGUGGCCCGUCAUGUGACCACUGUUGUCCCGGAUUCAACCAGUUACCUUGGAAACCUGCAACCACUUACAGCGCCAACGAGUGUGAACCGUGUAACUGCCACGGCCAUGCAUUUGACUGCUACUAUGACCCUGAAGUGGACCAGAGGAGAGCCAGUCUGGACAUAGAGGGCGAGUUCAGGGGUGGAGGAGUGUGUAUGGAGUGUCAGCACCACACCACAGGCAUCAACUGUGAGCGCUGCAUCCCAGGCUACUACAGGUCACCUGACCAUCCUCUGGAAUCACCACAGGCCUGCUCAAAGUGUCAGUGUGAGUCUGAGUUCACUGACGGGACGUGCGAGGAUCACACAGGCCGCUGUUACUGUAAACCCAACUACACUGGUGAACACUGUGACUCGUGCGCUGAGGGCUAUGAGAACUUCCCCUCCUGCUACCCAGCGAUUCCCACCUACCCCACUAACCAGAACGGAGAGGCCAGACCUGCAGGAGAGAUCAUCAACUGUGAAUGUAAUGCAGCCGGCACAGAGGGGAACUCGUGUAGGCCGGACCCCCAGACCCGGACGUGUGUGUGUAAACCAGGAUUCACAGGAGAACAUUGUGACGUCUGCGCUCCGGGACACUACACUCUCAAUUGCUUACGCUGUGAGUGCUCAGGUCCGGGGUGUCUGGACGGGUCAUGUGACGGGCUGACGGGUCAGUGUGUGUGCAGGAGCGGCUUUCAGGGCUAUUCGUGUGAUCAGUGCGCCCCCGGAUACUUCAACUACCCCCUGUGCCAGCUGUGUGAUUGCAAUAGUUUGGGGACUGUUCCUGGUGGUUGUGAUCCAACAGGUCGGUGUGUGUGCCGGCCAGAGUUUACAGGUCCUCGCUGUGAGCAGUGCAGCUCUGGCCUCCACUCCUAUCCCAACUGCGAGGAGUGCACCUGUGAUCCACGGACUUCGGUGAACUCUAGCUGUAGUGUGGCGGGGCACUGCCACUGCCGACCCAAUUACAGUGGUUCCAAGUGUGAUCAGUGUGCUCCAGGCUUCUACGGCUUCCCCAGCUGCUCACCGUGUCAGUGCUCGUUGAAGGGCUCUCGCUUCACCGAGUGUGACCGAGUCACUGGACAGUGUGUUUGUCUUCGCAAUGUUGUUGGUCAGCACUGUGACACCUGCAGCCCUGGAUCCUACAGCUUCCCCCUCUGCCAAGCUGAUUCUUGUGAUCCUGCUGGCUCUGUCCAAAACCAGAUCCUUCCCACUGUGGGCUCCUGUGAGUGCAAGCCUUAUGUAGAGGGCGUGGCCUGUAACAAAUGCAAGCCCCUCUACUGGAACCUCUCCCCUGAUACUCUGUAUGGAUGCUCAAAUUGUGAGUGUAACACUGGAGGAACGUUGAGUGAGGUAGCAGAGUGUGCUCAGGGUAAUGGCCAGUGCUACUGUAAACCCAAUGUGUGCAGUGGAACGUGUGCAGUGUGUAAGGACGGAUACUUCAACCUGCAGAAAAACAACUACUUUGGGUGCCAGGGUUGUCAGUGUGAUAUUGGAGGUUCUGCUGGUCUCUCGUGUGGUGAGAGGAACGGCAGGUGUAGGUGCCGACCUAACGUAGAAGGACCCAAAUGCAACCAGCCACGCCCGGAUCACUAUUUCCCAGACCUGCACCACAUGAAGUUUGAGGUGGAGGAUGGCACUAUGCUGGAUGGGCGGGCGGUGCGAUUCGGCUAUAACCCACUGGAGUUUGAGGGUUUCAGCUGGAGGGGUUACGCUCAGAUGUCCCCCAUUCAGUCGCAGGUACUGGUUGAGGUGGUGGUCGGUUCUCCAGAUCUGUUCCACGUGGUGUUGCGCUACGUGAACCGCGGGGGUGUGAACGUCCAGGGGCGGGUCACUGUGGUGGAGGACGCUAGUCACGUCCUGUGUGAAAACUGCUCAGAACAGGCCAAGCAGAUAGUUUUUGCCCCCAGCUCAGAGCCCACGUUUGCGAAUGUGCCCCAGAACAGCUUUGUGGAGCCGUUUGUACUGAACCCUGGAACCUGGACUGUGGUGAUCGAGGCUGAAGGAAUCCUGUUGGAUUAUCUUGUGCUGUUGCCCAGCGCGUACUACGAGGCUCCUCUUCUGCAGUUUGAAGUGACUGAGCCCUGUACAUACAGCCACACCCCGGACCCCAGCCAGAACUGUUUGCAAUAUAAGUACCUGUCCCUGGAUCAGUUCACGUCUAUGUCUGGUACUGAAGCGAGCUGCAGAGCAGAUAACCACCUUCCCAGACCCUGCCAUACUGAGAAAAUCACCCCCCGACAUCCCAGCAUGGCCAUCUGCAGCGGCAACGAUAUGAACGUGCAGCUGCGUGCUCGUGUUCCUGCACCAGGCGAGUAUGUGUUGGUAGUGGAGUACGCCAGUGAAGACGAAGCUCCUCAGACUCUCACCGUGUCCAUCAACGCAGCUGGAGGACGCAACCACCAGGAGCGCAUUACUCUGCUGCACUGCAAAUACAGUUUCCUGUGUCGGGCAGUGGCAGUGGAUGAACUGAAGCGUGUAGCAGUCUUCACUCUUUCCUCGGAUGCUGAUGUUCAGCUUGUUGCAGACAGAAGCAGCUUUUUCCUGCACAAAGUGUUCCUCAUCCCUCACGCUCAGUUCACUAUGGAGUAUCUGAGCCCCAGAGUGCACUGCAUCAGCACUCACGGACACUUCGCCCCAGACAGCGCUUCCUGUGUGCCCUCUCGGUUCCAGACUCCGUCUCAGUCUCUGGUUCUGAAGGACGGUCAGGCUUCAUCAGUGCCAGAGCAAGUUCUGGCUUCACCUCCCGACCAAUCACUGGCUGAUACUUCACGCUGGCUCAUCUUAGACACGCCUCCGUCUGCUGUGGACAACGGUGACCAUAUCCGUCUGGACUCCUCUCAGAAUGCAGUGGUGUACUCCACACGUGUUCAUGCCCUAGGCCGUUACGUGUUUAUCCUGCAUUACCAUCAGCCCAUGCACCCGACCUUCCCUAUGCAAGUCUACAUCAAUGGAGGACGCAUCUGGCAGGGCCGCGCCAACGCCACCUUCUGUCCUCACGGCUACGGUUGUCGUAGCGUUCUGAUCUCAGAGAACCAGAUCAUUCUGGACGUGACGGACCAGGAGGUCAUCGUGACCGUGAGAGUUCCAGACGACAAAACACUGUGGCUGGAUUAUGUGCUGGUGGUGCCAGAGAACAGCUACAGCUCCACCUACCUGUCAGAAGAGCCACUGGACAAAUCCUACGACUUCAUCAGCAACUGUGGACAGAACAGCUUCUAUAUCAACCCACAGACAGCAUCUCCGUUCUGCCGGAACUCGGCCACGUCUCUAUCUGCUUUCUUCAAUAACGGAGCGCUACCUUGCGGCUGCCAUGAGGCUGGAGCUGAGAGUGACAUGUGUCAGCCUUUUGGAGGCCAGUGCCACUGUAAACCCAACGUGAUUGGUCGAGACUGCUCAGAGUGCGCCACUGGUUACUAUGGCUUCCCCAACUGCAGGCCCUGCAACUGUGGCACUCGCUUGUGUGAACCGGUGACGGGAGAGUGUAUCUGUCCUCCGCGCACGCUGCUGCCGGAGUGCGUGCAGUGUCAGCCGCAGACGUUCGGCUGCCAUCCUCUGGUGGGCUGUGAGAUGUGUAACUGCUCCCCGCCUGGAGUCACUUCUCAGGACAUCAACUGUGACACCAACAGCGGCCAGUGCAGGUGUAAGACGAACGUCAUUGGUCGGCAGUGUGACCGGUGCGCUCCGGGCUUCUACGGAUACCCCAACUGCAGACCCUGUAACUGCAAUGAAGCAGGAACUGAGAAGAAUGUGUGCGACUCAGUCACAGGACAGUGCCUCUGCAAGGAAAAUGUGGAGGGCCCACGCUGUGACCAGUGCAGUCUGGGUACAUUCCAUCUGGACCCCACUAAUCCUAAAGGCUGCACCAAGUGCUUCUGCUUUGGGGCGACUGACCGCUGCCGCAAAUCAGACAAGCGCAGGAAUGAGAUCAUAAACAUGGAGGGCUGGGUGCUUUUGAGAGGGGACAGACAGGAGGUGCCCGUGUCUGUGUAUCUGGAUCAGGACCUGGUGGAGGCGGAUCUGAGUGAUGUGCCUGAUGUUUACCAGGAUUUACACUGGCAUGCUCCUCAAACAUACCUGGGAGAUAAGGUGUCAUCAUACAGUGGCUAUCUACGCUAUCAGUUACGCACACAGACGAUGCGGGGAGACGCUCUCUAUUUGCCUUCUGAAGUCUCUCGUCCUGACGUCAUUCUCAAGGGUAACCAGAUGACGCUGGUCUACAUGGAGAGAGAGUAUUCUUCUCCUGAGCAGCCUCAUGAAGGAGUAGUCCAUCUAGUGGAGGGGAGUUUCCGUCACGCUCAAACGGGUAAUGUAGUAUCUCGGGAGGAGCUGAUGAUGGUGUUGGUGGCUCUGGAGUCUCUGCAGAUUCGUGCUCUACACGCCCAGUCCGCUCAGGCCGUCUCCCUGCAGGCGGCAGUGCUGGAGGGCGCCGAGCACCUGCCCACUGGACGCCACGCCAACAACGUGGAGAUCUGCCUCUGUCCUGCCAGCUACCAGGGAGACUCCUGCCAGCAAUGCGCUCCAGGCUACUACAGAGACACUAAGGGUCUGUUCCUGGGCAAGUGUGUCCCCUGCAACUGUAAUGGCCAUUCUGAUCAGUGUCUGGAUGGAACUGGCGUGUGUGUGGACUGUCGGCACAACACAGCUGGAGACCACUGCGAAAAGUGUCAGGGUGGUUUCCGUGGCAACAACUCGGUGGAUGGCCAUGCCGUGUCCUGCACCAGCUGUCCCUGCCCGAUGCAGGUGGCCUCUAACAAUUUUGCCAUUCGCUGUGUAGAGAAACCCAACCAAAUGCAGUGUCUCUGCAUGCCCGGCUACGCUGGACCCAAGUGUGAGAGGUGUGCCCCAGGAUUUUAUGGCAACCCCAUGGUGAUUGGCAGCACGUGCCAGCCGUGCAACUGCAACGACAACUCCGACCCCAACAUGCUGUUCAGCGACUGCCAUCCAAUCACCGGCGAGUGCCAGAGCUGCAUGUUCGACACUGCUGGACCCCACUGUGAACUCUGCGCCCCGGGUUACUAUGGAGACGCCAUCACUGCCAAGAACUGCACCAGAUGCAACUGUUCUCCAUGUGGCACAGCGUCCUGUGACCCACACACUGGUCAGUGUCAGUGUAAACCUGGUGUUUCUGGUGUUCACUGUGAUCACUGUGAGAACGGGAUGUUCGGGUUCAAUUCCUGCAGUGGUUGUCACCACUGUGAAUGUACAGCAGCAGCCGCUCUAGAGAAGUCAUGUGACCCCGUCACCGGGUCGUGCAAGUGUCAGCCAGGAGUGAAUGGUCCGAACUGCCGCCAGUGUGCUCCUGGAUACUGGGACUACAGCCCUACUGGCUGCAAGAAGUGUGACUGUAAGGGCGGUCGCUGUGAUCCUCGUACUGGAGAGUGUCACUGUCCAGCAGGCCUGACUGGAAAGCAGUGUGAUCGCUGUGCUGAGAAAUACAGUGUACCGGUCACUAGAGGAGCGGACGUCCACUGUGAACGAUGUGACAGCUGUGUGGUGGAGCUUCUGCGGGAUUUGGACAAGGUGAACGGCACGUACCUUUCUGCGGAGCAUCAGCUGAAGAACAUCAGCACCACUGCCUUCGCCUGGGCUCAAUUCCACAACCUUAACAAGUCUAUAGAGAACGUGUCUAAAUCCAUAAACAACUACAACAGCAGUCUGGAUGGCAGCAGAGACAAGGCCAACACGCUGGAGAAGGAGCUGCAGACCAUCGACUCAGACCUGUUUGAGCUUCAGGAAAAGGCAUCACUGUCAUCAAGAAAGGGAGAGACACUGGAAAACAACACCAUCGCCACCAAGGAGAGAGCUCAGAACCUUCUGGACACUGUUAAGAACUACAUGAAAGACAUAGAAGCUCUUUUGGAUCAGAUGAAGAAAGCAGCACAAAACGGCUCUCAGACGAUGGAUGAGGAGGAGCUGAAGCGGAAGCUGGCGGAGGUGGCGGCCAUGUUGAGAGACAUGCGUUUCAGAAGCACCACACCUCAGGGGAAGCAAGCAGACUAUGAGCUCAGUCAGGCUAACCAACUGUUGGAUCGUGUGAAGAGUGAGAUGGCUGACCGCACGGCUGCUAAUGAGGCUACUGUAGAGGAGAUCAAAAACAAACUCAACAAGUUCCACCAGGAGCUCACAAGCCUAAGAGACGCCCUGAACGAAGCCGCCAACAACACCGCCCUCGCUUCGGAGAAGAACAACGCCAACCAGAAACAGCUGGACGAGAACCAGCAAAAAGUGAAUGAUCUGAAGAAAAAGCAGAAAGAGGUGACGGAUACGAUGCAGAUGGCUGAAGACGAUGUUGCUCAAGUCAACGACAUGCUGGCUAUGCUACAGGAUUCCAAAGAGGAAUAUGAGCGUCUGGCUGCUCAGCUGGAUGGAGCUCGGCAGCCUCUUGCUGAGAAGGUGCAGAACUUUUCUACCUCUGGUGCUAAAAGCCCCCUGGUGGAGGAAGCUGAGAAACACGCCGAGCUUCUCGAUCAGCUCGCCAAGAACCUCUCCAGUGUCAUUUCCGACACUAACCAAGACGGCUUCAUCCAGAGAGCACUGAACGCUUCCCGGGCUUACAACAACAUCAUCAACAGUGUGAAUGAGGCUGAUAACUUAGCUAAGGAAGCUAAUAAAUCAGCUACGGAGGCCCUGGAGAAGGUGAAGGGCCAGGACCUCCCGCAGCAGGUCAACGCUCUGAGGAACCAGAGUGCUGACCUCGAGAAUAAAGCGAAAGCUCUACAGGAGGAACUUGAUAAAGAACUGAAGCCUCAGCUGCAGGACAUCAAGAAUCGGCUGCAAAAUGCUACGACCAAAAAGAGCGACCUGAUGAUGGAUCUGCAGAAGGUGCAGAAUUACCUCAACACAAGUCAAGGAAACACAUCCGGUGAGAUCCAGGCAGCUAAGAGUGCAGCGGAGAAGGCUAAUAGCACUGCAGCAGAUGUGCUGGAUACGCUGGACCCAAUGAAGAAGAAGCUGGAUGAGUGGCAGGAACAGUACGGAUCCUCCAACAUGACAAACGACGAGAUCAAUAAAGCGCUCAGUGAGGCCAACAAGUCAGUGGGUGCCAUCGAUGACAAAAUCCGUACGUUGAUGGUGAAGUUGAACAAGUUGAGUACCUCAGUCCCGACGAACAACAUCUCGGAGAGCAUCCUGAGAAUCCGGGAGCUCAUUGCUGAGGCGCGAAAGGCAGCCAGCCGGGUAAGAGUAUCAGUGAAGUUUAACGGCACGUCCGGAGUGCAGGUGAGGACUCCCAGUAACCUGGCUGACCUGGCUGCUUACACCACCCUCAAGUUCCACAUCAGACUUCCCCGCCCCGCCCGCAGACGCAGGCAAGCCGACAACCAGCAGUUCGUCUUGUACCUGGGAAACAAGAACUCCAGUAAAGAGUUCAUGGGCAUGGUUCUGGAUGGUAAGCGACUCCGCUGGCUCUUUAAUGUUGGUGAUCAGACUGCUCAGGGCACCAUGACGCAGGACAUCUCUGACACCACCUUCAGCAGCUUCUUCCUGGAGAGGAUUCUGCAGAAUGGUCAGAUGACGAUGAGCUCAGACGAAAAGACCUUAUAUAAGAAGAACGUGAAUGGAGAAGGUGACAGCGGCCUCCUGAACCUCGCCACAGAGGAUACAGUCUUUUAUGUCGGUGGCUACCCCGAAAGCUUCACGCCUCCUUCUGCUAUGCAGCUGCCCAACUUUGUGGGCUGCAUCGAGUUGGAGAGUCUGAAUGAGGAGGUGAUCAGUCUUUAUAACUUCGAGCAGACCUUCGAUGUUAAUACCACCACAGAUAUGCCCUGCUCACGGGCAAAGCCAGACCCAUCUCUGCAGUGGGUGGGUGAUGCAGCAUAUUUUGACGGUACAGGCUAUUCUGAAAUCGUCCCUAAGGACUUAUGUGCCAAAAUGCGCUUUGAUCUGGACAUCAGACUCGUCUCUCAGGAUGGAAUUUUUCUCUUGCUCCAAAACCAGAGCGAGUACAUUGCUGUUACUGCGGUCGAAGGCAAAAUUAAGGUUUUCUAUGACCUAAAAGGGCAGUUUGUGGAGCCUGCGGUGCAAGCAGGCGUGAACGAGGAAAAGUUACGCCUUGCUGAUGCCGUUUCCAAAGAGGUGAGCGUGGUUUUCCGCUCCAAGACUGAGUUCCUGGUGAGAAUAGACAGAUUAAUUUUGUUCAGUGUUAUGGCUCCGGACCUGCCCUGUUUCACCGGGACGUUCUUCAUGGGUGGAGUUCCUGAGGACCAAAUGCCUGAGAGGUUGAAGCCAUUAUUCCCUAAACAGGGCUCUGUAAAGGCAUGCUUCAGGAACCUGAAAGCCAUGGGCAGCCAUGUUGAUAUGAAAAACAUGAAGACCUCAGGGGUCAGCUUCGGCUGCCCCGGUGACCUCCUGGUGGCUCGUGAAGCCCAUUUUACAGGACAGAGUUAUCUAGACUUUAAUCUUGGGAUCCUGCCAAACAUCACUAACUUCUACGCGGGACUUGGCUUCAGGACGGAUCAGGAGAACGGACUCUUACUCCACCACCAAGUCCAGUCUGGUGUGUGUCAGGUGUCUCUGGACAAAGGAAAUGUGGUGGUGAGAGCCGGAAAUAAAGAGGUUCGAUCUCAGAAGACCUACAACGAUGACAACAGUCACUAUGUGUCCUUCUAUAGCAAUGAUAAAGGACUGCGUGUGUAUGUGGAUGAUGUUCUGGAGACCAGUGCUAACACUGAUGUGGGAGAGAGCGGCUCCAUUGCGGAUCUGAAAGACAUGGAGGUUUACCUCGGUGGUUUACCUCAAACUAACGGAGUCUCCAACCUCACUGGCUGCCUUAGUAACCUAUUCAUCAACAGGCCUUCAUUUGAGGGAGUGGUGGAUAUGCUGUCUGCCAGUAAAAUUGUCCGUGUUCCUCUGGAGUGUCCUGCUGCUAAGACACCACAGCAGAUCCUGGCCUCACCCCCUCGCCCAAAGAGCCCCAAGGGAAAGCUUAGGAAACUUCCCAGCGCACCCGUAAACCACCCUGCCCGUGAGUCCUGCCAGGCGGAGCAGUCCAUCCAAGAGCCCAACGCCUUCUACUUCAGUGGCUCCUCCCACAGCCACAUGCGCUUCGAUUCAGUUCCACCAGCUUUCAGUAAAACGCCACAUGUGGCGAUGGAAGUGCGCGUGAACUCGUCCAGCGGCCUGAUCUUCUACGCAGCAGCAGAGAGGAGCAAGACCACCAUGACGCUUUCUGUGUCUGAGGGACGCCUGAUUCUGCUGGUGAACGGAGGGAGGAGAAAGACAAGCGUCAUGACCAAGGGGAAAUAUGAUGAUGGCCUCUGGCACACGGUGUUUGUGAGGAUAGAAAGAGACAAGGCUACUCUCACGAUGGACGGAAUCAAUGUUCUGAACAAGAAGUUUUCCUUCUCUGGAGGGAAAAAUGCAUUGAGUGGCCCUGUUUACAUCGGCGGCCUUCCCUCUGACCACAAAUCAGCAGAGCCAGGUUUUGUGGGUUGUAUCAGGGACGUGAAGCUGAAUGAGGAGCCGCUGGUCUUGUCUCACAGUGUGGGAGUGGUGCCCUGUUACCAGCAGCCCCUCCAUCCUGGCGUUUACUUCUCCGCUAGUGGAGGACACAUCUCUGUCGAUGAGUCUCUGGUGUUGGGUCGGGAUCUGGAGCUGGAGCUGGAGGUCCGGCCCGUGUCGGAUUCUGGACUUCUGCUCCACGCAGGAACCAAGAAGAGCCAGCAGCUCAGUGUCUACCUCAACCAGGGAGAGGUCACUGUGUUAGUGAACAGCGGCAGCGGAGAGUUCUCAGUCUCUCUCACACCAGAGGACUCACUGUGUGACGGACACUGGCACAGCAUCUUCAUUGAGAGGAAGAAUAAUGUGAUUCAGCUGCGUGUGGAUGCAGCGAGUGAACACGGCGUGGGCCCCAAACAGAGCAGAUCUAACGGAGCCGGAGAGAGCGUCCAUCUCGGCAACAAACCAGAUACAGUGGAGGUUCCUGGUCUCCCGGCGUCUCUCCCUGCUUUUCACGGAUGUGUGCGGAAGGCGGUGCUGAACGGAAGGUCGGCCAUGCUGUCCAAACCGUUCUCGGUCUCCGGAGCCGUGGGCACUCAGGGAUGCCCCGCUGCGUAGUCCGGUUAUCCACUACACUACCCAGCGUACCCCUUUACCCCCGCCCUACACAUCCAGCACACCAGUAUGAUCAAAUCAGCAGGUGGUGGGAUUCUCUAUAUCAUAGCUAAAUUAAACAGAUAUUUAUAGUUUGGUUAAAAUAAGAAAGUGUAUAUUUUUUAAGGCGUCAGUGUGGAGUUGUAUUUGUUGUAAAGGCACUGAGUGUAAAGCCACUGUUAAAGGAGCGUUAUUGAAAGUGUACCAGCACUGUAAGCUCUGUCCACAAGCGCAGGUUCAAACUGAGACAGGAUUACUGAGUUCAUGGAAUAAGUUGAGUGGUCAGUCACUCUGUUUAUUGGGUUCAGGAACGCAAUACAAUAUUGGUACUAGAGAGUCGGUGAGGGUGUUUACAUGUUUAUGUUGGUUAUUGAAUUACUGAGUCACGAAAAAAAAGCAAACAGCUCUGGAAAAAAAAUAAGAGAGCACUUAAAAAUUAUGAGUUUCUUCUGAGUUUAUGAUUUUACCAAAUUGAAAACCUCUGGAAUAUAAUCAAGAGGAAAUCAAGCUGAACUGCUUGAAUCUUUGCACCAGGAGUGGCAUUAAGUUAUCCAAAAGCAGUAUGUAAGACUAGUGGAGGAGAACAUGUCAAGAUGCAUGAAAACUGUGAUUAAAAACCAGGGUUAUUCCAUCAAAUAUUGAUUUCUGAACUCUUAAAACUUUAUGAAUAUGAACUUGUUUUCUUGCAUUAUUUGAUGUCUGAAAGCUCUGCUUUUUUGUUAUUUCAGCCAUUUCUUAUUUUCUGCAAAUAAAUGCUCUAAAUGACGAUAUUUUUAUUGGAAUUUGGGAGAAAUGUAGUGUGUAGUUUAUAGAAUAAAACAACAGUGUUCAUUUUACUCAAACAUCUUCCUAUAAAUAGCAAAAUCAGAGAAACUGAUUCAGAAACUGAAGUGGUCUCUUAAUAUUUUUUUACAGAGCUGUAUUCUAAUUUCUGAAAUGUAUAAAAAAACGUUUGUUUUUUUCUGUGAAUUUAUUGGCUGGUUGCAAAGCAAAUAUCCAAUUUCUGCCUGGCUAAUCUAAACACUUACGUUUUCUAAUGAUCUUAUUAACCAAGUUCACAUAAAUACAUUAACCAGAUUUCUAAGAAAACUCUGAUGUUCUUCUGUACUUGGGAUUUAAAAAUUGCUUGUAAGCACACUCACCGUUAUUCCUGUAACUCAGUAAUCCUCACUGGAACAUUAUGGGACCAUUCAUUUCUAAAAGCUCUAUUUUGGGUCUGCUUUUCUAAUGUUUAACUGAUGUAAAUUCAAAAUGUUGGUCAGAAAGCUGAAAGAGUUGCCCAGAUCUCACUUCUUUUUGUAAAAACUGGGCCUCUUUCUGUAUUAUUUUGAGUGAUUCACUGGAGUUUAAAACUCACUCGCACACCAAAUUCCCUAUAUAGUAUAGCUGUAUUUUUAUUGGAGGUAAUAAAAUUCUUUGAUACAAA